AUGUCAGCCAAGAUCACCCACUUUAACGGGUGGUUGGCUGGGUGGCGGGUACCGCAGCUGGGUGCUACCCUCCGAGCAUGGGUGACGCAUGCGACUCGGGAACGCUACGCACCGGUGAAGAAGCUGCGGGAAGACCUGGCCGACUCGGUCGUCUUGCUCCAUCUCGUCUCUGAAGCCGUGGGAAGCAACUUGUUUGCUCGUGAUGACAUUGUGCCUCGGCCGACGAGUGGUGCUGACAUUGCGCAAAACAUCAAUGUCAUCAUUGCUGUCCUGGCUGAUCACGGCAUCGUACACAUGGCUGAUCUCUCGGCGAGCAAGCUCGCUCGCUCCGCUACCGAUGCCUACCUCGUCUUUGUCCUCCACAUCGCCCGCCUCUACUACAAGCGGCGACUCUUCCCACACAACGAGCCUGCGUCAGUCAAGUCGUCCAAGCUCGCCAAGAUGCCUUCGCUCGUCCGCGUUGUGAGGAGGCACAUCCUCAAUCCGGCCACCAACCCGCUGCUGGCCCAGAUCAAGGGUCUGCCCGGCGGCGACGCUGUCCUCACCGCCGCCAAGGCCAUGUCUAACCUCCACUCGGACUGGGCCUCGGGCACGCUCUUCUACAUGCUUGUCUUCUCCUUCUUCCCCGGCGACUUUUCGCCGUCAGACCUGCUCUCCUGCACCCCGACCGAGCGCUACGGCCUCGCCUACCACAAGCUCGCUGACGAGCUGGGCAUCCAGCCGCUGCUCUCCUCGGCCGCCAUCGUCUCGCGGCCCGAGGAGCAUUCGCUCUAUGUCAUCGUCGCCUACACCUUCUACGAGCUCUCGAUGCACCAAGGCGGCGGCAUUGGCCUCGACUCACGGACAAAGUCCAUCGUCACCAGCCUGCGCGAGGAGCUGUUGCAGGUCAAAACGGCCGAAGCCGAUGUCACCUCGGAGCUCGAGCGCCUCUCACUCGCUGUUCAGGCGCUCACUCGCGAGCGCGACGCGCUUGCCGAGGCCAGCAAGGCCGAGCUCGACCCCAAUGACGCCUCGGUCCAGUACCUGGUCCACGCCCAGGCCGAGGCCAAAGCCUCCGAGGAUGCCGCCGUCAUAGAGCGGCUCCACGCCGACCUUUCCGUUGCCAUUGCUGACCGCGACAGCCUCUCCACCAAAAACGUGGCCCUCGCCGACGCUGCCGCCGCCGCCAACGCUUACGCUGCCGAGCUCUCCUCGCUCGUCCUCUCGAGGCUCAACAAGUGGUUCCGACACACCACCAUGUUCUCUGAUCGCUGCCGCGCCAUUGUUGCCGCUGCCGACGACCUCCGCAUGAAGUCGCGCAUUCUGCGCCAGGCCGCCAGCCUCGGCCUCGCUCCGCCGCUCGCGCCGGGGCGUCCACUUCGUUUCAAUCUCUCGCAGGGCUCACUCGCCGGCACCGCCGAUUGCUCUGCCGUUCUCGUUGUUCGCGUCAACAUCCGCCCGUUUCUCUGGGACGACGUCUCCUCGCUCGUCCAUCCGCUCAAGGCCGCGAGUCAAGUCCAUCACACUGCCCGUGCCCGCCUCGACAUUCUUGCCGCUAACUAUGCCGGCGUUCUGCUCCCGGCUGAACUCGUCGGCGGGGUCAGUGGCCACGAGCAGCUCGCGACCGAACACUCACUCUCCAUGUCGCGCACCGACAUCGGCUCGCCAGCUUCGCCGGCCUUUCCGGGCACACCCGCCGACUCGCCGGCCGGCACCCCGACCUCGGGCUCGAUCACACUCAUGACGACUGACGUUGUCGAGCCUGGGCCGGACGCUGACAGCCCGUCGCGGCCAACCUCAGUCCUCGCGGGAACGUACGCGUACGCCUUUCCCACUCCGAUCGACGCGCUUCGUGCCGCGCUCGACAUGAAAAUCCACCUCGAGUCGCGGGCGCCACCUGAUGGCGCUGUCGUUGCGCCGCGGGUCACCAACGUCCUUGCUGGCGUCGGUGCCGACAAAGCGGUGUCAGACGCAGAGGCUGCGGCCGGCGUCGGCGGAACGUCGUCGUCGGCGACCGCAAAGACAAUGCUAUCCGGUGCGUUGGAUCCGGUGAGUGACAACUACCUGCUGCUCUCGAUGGCGCUGACUGAGGCGCCCAAGACCGCCACCGCGCCGGCCCGCGAGGCCGCAGCCUCGUCGCUCGCGCUGCUCUCUAUCGCCCCGCUCGGCGGCCUGCUGCUCGACUCGCGGCCGUACGACGCAUGCCGGCCCAAGCUCAACAACAUCACCACUCUCGCGGCCAUCAAGGCUCACUCGCUCGGGAAGCGGACGUUUGUCUCGAUCGAUAACCCGAUGCAUGUCUUCGAGCUCAACAUCGAGCCUACGCCGCUCGGCAACAACACCGUUGACUCGAGUCUGGCCUCCAUGGGGCCAUUCCUCUUCCCGGACACGUCGGGAGCGCUCGAGUCGGCUGUCGGCGAUGCAGCACCGGGCGCACUCCCGCCCCCGCCGUCCAGCCCAGCCGAGGCGAUCACCAUAUUCUGCGACUGUCUCACCUCAUUUGCCGCUGCUUCGGAGACCAUCUCGGCUGAGCUGGCCGCCAUCCUGGAUCUCGAGUCAGCGUUUUUCGAGACGCAGCGCUCGCUGCGGCGCGAGGUCGAGGCGGCAACCAAGGCCGCAAAGCGGCCGCGGGCCAAGCGCGACCCGCUCGAGCUCCGCGACGCAAAGUCCGAGCUGAGCAAGGCGAGGAGCCAGUUGAAAGAGUCGAUGCAGCUGUGCAAUGUGCUCGCCGCCGCCAAUGCCGCCCACGAGGCCCAAAUUGCGGCGCUCGAGAACUCACUCGCCCAGUACCGCUCCAACUUUACCACCAACCUCAAGUCACAGGCUGCGCCGUCGGCGUCGCCGGGUGCCGAAGCCGCCGACAACAUGCUCCGCAUGGGCCGCAUGCGUGUCGCUUUUGCCUCGGAGCGCUCAAAGUACGAGCAGUCCAUCGCCAUGCUUAACGCCAAGGUCGGCCGCCUCACCCGCCUCCUCCGCUCGGCCAACUACGAUCCGUCAUCACCGGCGGGUGGGGCCGGGCCGAGCGGCUCGCGUCCCGCGGCGCGCCUCGGCAACCGCCGCACCUGGCGCUCCGGCACCGACCUUGCCAACCCCCUUCUUGCCGAAGAUCCGGGUCUUGUCCUCGACGUGACCCGGUCAGAGCGCGAGCUCGAUGGCGGGCUGGCGUCGCCAGCAUCGGGCGAGUCGACACCACCAGGCUCGCGCUCGCGCUCGCCGCGCCCGUCCAUGGCACUUGUCGCCGGCGUUCACGUCGAGCCCAUUGCCGUCCCACGCGGUAACGAAGUCCCUGUUCUCCCGGUCAUCCGCGGGUCCAGGAAGCGCGGCUCGUUGCCCGACGGCUCGCCGGUCAUGCGCCAGCGGCGGACCGGUUCAGUCGAUUUUGCGUCGCGACACUCCCCACAGGGCUUGCGCCCGCCCAAGGCGCCGCGCUCACGGUCCAAGUCGCCGCGCGGGGCCGGGCGGACACUCUCGCCGCUCGCCGUCGUCUCGCCCGAUGAUGGCGAGCCAUCGUCAUCGUCGGUGAGCAACGUACCCGUCCGCGGCGCCUCGGGCUCGGGGCACUAUGACAGCACGCCCGGCUCGCCCGACGUUUCGUCGUCAGGCUCGUUACGAGUCUGCAUGCGCAAGCACUCUGAUGGUGCCGCCCUUGCCGACGCUGUCGUUGUCGCCCGCCGUCACCGCCGCCGUCGCUCAACUGCAGAGUCCAUGUCGUCUAUCGACGAGAUUAUGUCCGACUCACAGGGCGUGCUUGAUGCCAUCCACGACGCCCGCGCCCGAAUGAUCAAACGGUCGUCUGGCCGUGGCAUUGCCCAGCUCAGGGCGGCCCACUCGCGCCGCAAUCGUGACGCGCGAUCGUCGCUCAAAGCCAAGGCCAAGGCCAAAGCCAAGACCAAAUCAAAGGCUAAGGACAAGGACAAGGACAAGGAGAUGGGCAAGGACAAGUCCAAGGCCAAAGGCAAGGCCAAGACCAAGGACAAGGGCAAGGGCAAAGACAAGUCCAAGGGGAAGACAAAGGGCAAAGAUCGUGCGCACGCUCUGGCCGCGCUCGGCGAAUCGGACCACAUCCGUGCUCACGGCAGCAGGACGCCAACCUCGGCAGCAGCGUACGCGCUUGCGACCACGACGCGCCGCCCGUCCGAGCCUGCGAUGGCCUUUCAGCGAGAGUCUUCCGCCGAAUCACUUGUGCCGUCGCGCCGCGGCAAGACACGUACACGGGCUGGGACAAUGUCACCAACGGUCUCGCCCAACUCGUCGUUGUGGCAGUCCGCGAGUAUCGCUCUGCCCACAGCUACUGCAGCCGCCACAUCGCCCAACGGCGUCGACCAGGCUGCGGACCGCUUUGCGCUCCCGGCAAGGUCCAAGUCGCGUUCAGACUUGUUGCCGAACCAGAAGGCCAGCAGAAGGGGUAAGUCGCGGACACGCGACGACGGCCCUCUAGGCCGCAAGCUCGGGCGCAACUUUUCAGGCACCCAGGUGAGGGGCGGUGGUAAGUCGUCGCGGUCCCGGUCCCGGUCGCGGCAGUCCAACUCGCGCGACGUCUCGUCAUCAGGCCUUCUCGAACGCGAGUCGUCGGGCGAGAACGUGCUCUCGCCGUCGCACUCACGGUCGGAGCUCUCGCUGUCGCGGCGGUCGGCAUCAGCACUUUCUUCGUCGGGCGAGCGCUCGUCGGUCUCGCAAACAGCAGUGGCGCCAGUCAUGCGUAGCACUGUGGAGGGAACGUCAGUCAAGCGGAGGAAGCAAGUCAUGACGGCCGAAGAGGCCGAGCAGAAGAAGACUCUCCCGCGGACCCGGUCGCUCCAGUCGUCGCCGUCCAACUCGCGCUCGAGUCUCCACGCCGGUGGAAUUGGGAGCAGGAGCGGCGCAAAUCUGGCGCCAUCGGUCCAUUCGCUCGCCGAUAUGUUUGUCCCGGGCCUCGACACCAUCUCGUCGGGCACGUCGUCGUUCCGCAAGAGCAAGGGAAAAAGCAAGGGCAAGGGUAAGGGUAAGGGCAAGGGCAAGGGCAAGGGCAAGGGCAAGGGCAACGAUAUGCCCGAUGGCCUCCCUGCUGACGUCUUCGAUACUUCGUUCCGGGCCGCGUCGCGUGUGUAUUCAACCAACGUCCCGAGGCGUCGGUAG